GGGCAGCAGGAGCAACGUUUCCCCGCCGCCCGUAACGAGAAGGGUGGCAUCGCUCGCCUCCGCGUCUGGGGCUCCCUGUCGCCCGGUAGCCAGCCAUUGGGCAAGGAGGCUCCGCGAUGGCUUUGGGCAGGGAGAGACGCCAGGGGGCAGGAAGAGCCGGGCUGGUCUCUGGAAAGCGCUGGGAGCUGGGGUGGCGGCUUUGAAAGGGCCACUGUGUCUUGGCACGGGGAGGGGCCAGAAUCGCGUAUGGGGGCCAGGCAGUGGCACUGCGGGAGGAGACGCAGGGCACAGAGAGACCUUCCUGCCAGCAGCGGGCUCCUGAAGGGAUGGGAGUGCGGAGGAAUCCCCUCGGCUUCCCAGCAGCCUGGUCAGGGUGAUGCUCACCCCAGCUGACUGCGCUCCUGGAGACCAGCGGAGACUGAGGAGAGGGCCAGCUAGGCUGGCAUCUGGCUGAGAUGGCUUGGCGCAGGCUUACCCUGGUCAACCUGCUUGGGCUUUGCUUGACCAGCUGCCUCCUGUGCCCUGCUCAGGGCUGUGGCCCAGGCAGGGGACCGGUGGGACGGAAGCAGUCCAGCCGCAGAAGCCUGGCCCCGCUGCAGUACAAGCAGUUUGUGCCCAACCUGGCGGAACAGACUCUGGGGGCCAGUGGCAAAGCCGAGGGCAAAAUCAGCCGCCACUCGGAGCGCUUCAAGGUCCUGGUGCCCAACUACAACCCUGACAUCAUCUUUAAGGAUGAAGAGAAUACAGGUGCUGACCGGUUGAUGACAGAGCGUUGCAAAGACCGAGUGAAUGCCUUGGCCAUUGCCGUCAUGAAUAUGUGGCCGGGCGUAAGACUGCGAGUGACGGAGGGCUGGGAUGAAGACGGACACCACCUGCCUGACUCUCUGCACUAUGAAGGCCGGGCACUGGACAUCACCACCUCUGAUCGUGACCGGGAGAAAUACGGCAUAUUGGCCCGCUUAGCUGUGGAGGCUGGCUUUGACUGGGUGUACUAUGAAUCCAAGGCGCACAUCCAUGUUUCUGUGAAAGCAGAUAACUCCAUGGCUAUUCGUGCAGGCGGCUGCUUCCCUGGCGAUGCGACUGUGACGCUGAGGAGUGGCGAGAAGAGGAGCCUCUCCAAGCUGCGCCACGGAGACUACGUAUUCAGCGUAGAUCAGAACGGACAAGUGACGCUUAGUGAGGUUCUGCUGUUCCUCCACCGAGAGCCACACCAGCAGACCCUCUUUGUGGCCAUUGAGACAGAAGAACCUGUUCGCCGGCUGCUGCUUACAUCCUCUCAUCUCAUCUUCGUUGCACGGGACCCGGUCAACAGCACAAUGGACUUCUCUCCUGUGUUUGCCAGCAGAGUGUGUGUGGGGGACUUUGUUUUGACAUACCAGGGGGGUGACCUUCUCUUGCAUCCUGCCCGAGUAGUCCGGGUUUGGCAGCAAGAGGGCACUGGUGUCUAUGCCCCCUUAACCACCCAUGGCACAAUCCUGGUCAAUGGGGUCCUGGCAUCCUGCUAUGCAGUCCUUGAAAGUCACCAUUGGGCUCACUAUGCCUUUGCCCCAUUACGCUUUGUCUACGGCAUCUUCUCACUACUGUCCCUGAAGGGAGAGUCCAGAAACUGCAGUGCUCAGGAAACAGGCGUGCACUGGUAUUCACAGGUUCUGUAUCAUCUGGCAUGGGACUUGCUGGGCCAGGAUGCACUUCGCCCCUAAGAGGGUUGCUGGUCCACUUGUUUGCCAGACAAAGUUAAACUCAUCAAGUCUUUAGAUAAAAGGGAGACCCUUGAGUAUUUGCUUGGCUCCAUAUCUCCUUGCCUUGGCCGGCUAAUGAUUCUAGAGCUGAGGUCCCUUUAAAGCAUCAACCUUUGCAACAGAGAAACUAGCUUGUGGCCAUGUGGGAGUUGGAUUGAGGGAUUAGGUCAACUGAUACCAGUACUCCUGCUGUAGGUUGCAUAUCACAGGCGCUGGACUUCCUACAGAUGUGUUUGGGGAGCUUAAAAAUAUCUGAGGCAUGCUGUGUUCUCCUAAAUUUAGCACAAAGUCAAUAAGCCCACUGUCUUAAUUUUUAGCAGGUGGAAUGGCUUUCCCAUAGGUGACUUGAUCGGCUGGGUUUAUAAAACCAGCAUAAGGUCAGACGUGGCUUUUUUUUUUUUUUUACUCCCCCUGCAGUUGCCUUAAUGGGAUAAGUCAGGAAAGAGCGAGGUAUACAGUAGAAACAAGUGCUGAUCAUAUCUAGAUGACCAGAAGAUUUUUCACCUUCCUCUAGCUUCAGAAAUGUAUCUGAUCAUUUCUGUGACAUGCAUUCGAGGAUAGGUAACAAACAGGUUAGCUUGACCCUUCAAUUUGGGCAGGUGAUAUGGAAACCUGCAAGGUCUGUCUAACCCAGUGCCAGUGGGGCUUUUCCAAGGAGGUCAAGAAACAUGCUGGGGACCAUGUAUGGAAUAAGAAUGGCUCAUAGCAGAAUGUGGGUAGUGUCUGUAUAGCUUGGCAUCCUUUUCCUUACUGAGUUUCUUUCAGCACUGGAUUCAAGAAAGACGCAAAAGAGGCAAAUCCAAUCUUUUGCAGGGGGAGAUCUCGUAACCACCCAGGCCGGAAUGAUGACUGAAUGGUGGUACAGGUAGUCCUCAAUUUACAACCAUAUGUUUAGUGGCCAUUUGUGGAGUUAAAACGGCACUGAAAAAAGUGACUUAUGACAGUUUUUCACAUGACUGUUUCAGUAGAUCUGUGGUCAUGUGAUCAGAAUUCAGAUGCUUGGCAACUGGCAUGGAUUUAUGACUGUUUCAGUAUCCUGGAGUCAUGUGGUCACUUUUUGUGACCUCCUGACAAGCAAAGUCAAUGCGCAAACCAGAUUCACUUAACAACCAUGUAACUAACUUAACAAGUUGCAGUGAUUCAUUUAACAACUGUAGCAAGAAAGGUUGUAAAAUGGAGCAAAAUUCACUUAAUAAUUGUUUUGCUUAGCUAUGGAAAUUUUGGGCUUAAUUGUGGUCAUACGUCGAGGACUACCUGUGUGCUGGAUAGCCAUUGGACUUGCUGCCUCAUCUCUUUUCUGAUACCCUUGGAUCUUAAGCAAGAUCCACCUGCAUUUUCCUAUUGCCACUAUGGGCAAGGGAUGAAUGGGAAAUUAAUACUUCCUUAUGAAGAUUAAAAUUCAUGCUACUCCCUUAAGUCUGCAGUACAUUAAUGAGAGUAACAUUUAACUGGCACUCCAGAGUUUUUAUUUUUAUAUUUAUGUAAGUAGUAAAUUAAAUGUGGUCUGCCACCUCUUUGUCUUGUACUGUAGGAGAUACUAAUUGGAUGUUUUUGACAGGGAAAUGAAUGAAAGGAGCAAGCUGUUAUUUCUGCAGGCUGUUUAACGCUUCCCUUCUUUUUUUUUUUUGCAAUAUAUUUUUGUGUGUCUUUAACUAAAGAGAAUUACUUUGA